CAUUCCAGUACCUUAGUGCGCUGCAUUGGUAGUGACAAGUAAAUGUUCAGGUAGAUUGGCAAUGUAAAGUAAUUUCUUCUGUAAAGGCCUGCCUUAUCGAUGUUUUGAAUAUACGUUAGUACUGGUUAGGUAAAAAUACUGCCAUGUCUUCUCCACACAAGGAGGUGUGCGUGUAGUGAAAUUCUUGAAGAAUGUGGAUCAUUUAAAACGUUUUAGUUAUGCAGUGCAUUUCGCCCCGUGGAGAUGAAGUUUGAUGCCAUUUGCACAUUAAGAUCUGCUUCCUGCAGCUCCUUCUUUCAAUUCCUUACAUAACUGAAAAAAUACAGCUUUUUAUAUUUAAACAUUACAGUUUGGCUUUCGGAUGUUUUCCCACAUUUUUGGCUUUGUAGUGACAUGCACGAAUUUUAAGGAAUUCAAGAUGAAGAUUAUAACAGCAGCUGCUCUUAUGUUCAUCAUCGUUUCGUGGGUUGAAGAAGGUGUUUUCUCUGAGAAAUCAUCUAAGAAGGGAAAGGGCAAAAAGAAGCAGUAUAUAUGCCCUGCACAACAGACUGCAGAAGACCUUGCCCGAGUGCCUGCUAAUAGCACCAGCAAUAUAUUGAACAAGUUACUGCUGACUUAUGAUCCAAGGAUACGACCGAAUUUCAAAGGUAUUCCUGUUGAUGAUGCAGUUAAUAUUUUUAUAAACAGCUUUGGAUCAAUUCAAGAAACUACCAUGGAUUAUAGAGUUAAUAUCUUCCUUAGACAGAGGUGGAAUGAUCCUAGACUUAAGCUGCCCAGUGAUUUUAGCUCAAACAGCUUGACUGUGGAUCCUAAAAUGUUUAAAUGUCUUUGGAAACCAGACUUGUUUUUUGCAAAUGAGAAAAGUGCAAACUUCCAUGAUGUCACACAGGAAAACAUUCUUCUUUUUAUAUUCCGGGAUGGUGAUGUUCUGCUGAGUAUGAGGCUUUCUGUUACCUUGUCUUGUCCACUGGACCUGACUUUAUUUCCUAUGGAUACACAGCGCUGCAAAAUGCAACUGGAGAGCUUUGGAUACACCACGGAUGAUCUGCGUUUUAUAUGGCAGUCUGGGGAUCCUGUUCAGAUGGAGGAGAUUGCAUUACCACAGUUUGACAUUAAACAGGAAGAUAUUGAGUACGGGAACUGCACUAAGUACUACAAAGGAACUGGUUAUUACACAUGUGUAGAAGUAAUUUUCACACUGCGAAGACAAGUUGGAUUUUACAUGAUGGGUGUUUAUGCUCCAACACUCUUGAUUGUUGUGCUGUCGUGGCUGUCCUUUUGGAUCAAUCCUGAUGCAAGUGCUGCAAGAGUGCCACUAGGGAUCUUCUCUGUACUGAGUUUGGCCUCAGAAUGUACAUCCCUUGCUGCAGAACUUCCAAAAGUUUCCUACGUAAAAGCUAUAGAUAUAUGGCUGAUUACUUGCCUCCUUUUUGGCUUUGCCUCUCUAGUAGAGUAUGCUGUUGUUCAGGUUAUGUUGAACAGCCCCAAGAGAAUUGAAGCUGAGAAGGCCAAACUUGCCAAAGCAGAACAGGCUGAUGGCAAAGCCGGAAAUGCUGCAAAAAAGAAUACAGUGAAUGGUACAGGCACCCCAGUUCACAUCAGCACAUUGCAGGUUGGAGAAACAAGAUGCAAGAAGGUUUGUACUUCAAAGUCUGAUCUGCGAUCCAAUGAUUUCAGUAUUGUUGGAAGUUUGCCAAGAGAUUUUGAACUUUCAAAUUUUGAUUGCUAUGGAAAACCUAUUGAAGUCAACAAUGGACUUGGGAAGUUGCAAGCAAAGAAUAACAAAAAGCCACCACCACCCAAACCUGUCAUCCCUUCUGAAGCAAAGAGAGUUGAUCUGUAUUCCAGAGCAUUGUUCCCUUUUACGUUUUUGUUUUUUAAUGUUAUCUAUUGGUCUGUCUACUUAUAGUUUUGCCCAGUUUUGUCAGUACAGGACUUACAUUAUUCACCAUAAGCACACCCUUACAUGAAGUAUGUUUGGAACAUGUCCUACAUUUAUACAGCUGCGUUUUGCGUUAUUUGUGCUGUAUGAUUGUAGAAAUAAAAAAAGUACCUUACAUUUACGUGAUAGCAUGACCCCUUAUAGUCUGGGCUCAUUUUGAAUAUAUUGUAUAUAGCUGUACUGCAUAUAUACUAUUAAGAGAAUUGUAAGAAUGUUUCAUAUUAUGUAAAAUAUGAAAUUUAGAGAUGUCUAAUUUCUUCCUGAAUACAGCUAAAAUGUCUUGCUGCAAGUGGCAUGCAUGUUAAUCUCCCGGUUCUAUGUUCACUUCUCAUAUUUUCUGUAUUUUGAGAAAUCUUCAACAUCCCAUUUACUUGAAAGUAUAAUCUUAUAAGAUUUCUGUUGCAAUGUUGUAAAAUAAGAGAUGUAAUUAAAACUGUAAUUAAAAUCACUUAGAACUAAGAUUUCAAAAUAAACAUAAGCAGAUCCUAUCUGUGAAAAAUUAAAAGUAAAGAAUAAAGGUCACAAAAAAUGUGA